UAUAAGUUUAUGAACACAGGAAACGCGCCUGAUGAUGUUUGAAUUGAUUACUCAAAAAACAAGAAAGAUAGAAGCACGAAAAUGAACGAGAAUAUAUUACGGAGGAUAAAAGGCAAAUUGAAUGCAAGAUUUUAUGUGAUGAAUGACUCAUGGCUAAAAGAUUGCGUUGAAUUUUUUAUCGAAGGUAAAGCUCUUCAUGAAAGGACAGAUAAACACAUUUUGGAAUUUGUGGAGAGCCAGUGGCAAUUGAGUGACUUGAGGGAGAUAAAUAAUGAAAAUGGAUGUCUUCCAAAGAAUCUGGUGCAACAGGUCUGUACUGUGUUGACUGGCACUUACAUUCUCCAGGUGGACAAGAUGUAUGACAUAACGAGUUCCAAGUAUAAGCAGUUAUGCCAUAUUCGGAAAGUUAGUAGCAGUAAUUUAGAAGUAACAGAGAAUGAGAAACCAGUUGAGUGGGAACCAAAACCCAGAAGAAUGAUGCAAUGGUGCCUUACAGAUGGGGUACAAGAUGUUACUGCAAUAGAAUAUACUCCACUCGAACAAAUGACAGGUACACUAUUACCUGGCUACAAGGUGAUGAUAAUUGGCCCAGUUCAUUGUAGACGUGGUGUCAUCUUGCUAGUAGAUGGAAAAUACAAAGAAAUUGGUGGAGAGGUAGAAUCUAUGUUAAAACCGAAUGCACUGGAGAAUGUCUUAGCUAGAGCUUUAGAUGAGCCAGAAAAUUCUGAUCCAUAUAAUGAUAGUGGUCAACUCAGGAAUUCACAUCAUAAUAGUGGACAACUCAGGAAUCAGAAUAAUCAGAAUAUGCUGUCAAAUUCUAUCAAUGAAGAAAGUUUCUUUGACGAUGAUUUCGAACAAGCUGUUGACCUGGAAGCACUAACCGCGAUUGAACGGCGAAGUCAGGAAACGGUUAAAACUACUCAAAAUUGUCCCAUAAACAGUACAGAACAAAGACAAGAAACUCAAACAGCUAGAAACAAUAUCACAGAAGAAUUCUUGGAAGAUAUCGAUUUUGAACCCUUGGAAGAUUGGCCUGAUGAAGAUUCUCCUAUGAGACCCUUGCAAACAUUGCCAUCGUCACGAAUGGGAACUGAAGGUUUCGGAAAGGAAGAUGACUUAAUAAUAGUUGAGGAAAUAUCAAGUUCGACAUAUAAUUUACGAGACAAACCGUCGUUUUCCGCAAAGUCUCGUAAGAACAAGGAUAUCACGAAUUUUCCUGACGAUGACAUUGACUUUGACGAUUGCGAAAUUAUUGAGACAGAAUCGCGGGUCAUUUGUCAACAACAAAGUAGAAAUCCGUAUACGUUUAAAAGUGAAGCUGAAGCGUAUUCCUCGAGAUUAACGAAUACUAACAAGACAAACAUUGAGAAAUAUGCUUCCGUGAGAUCCCCGGCGACACGAAACAAAAAACCUGUGGCGAGCACUUCGAGAACCGAUCAGAAAAUACCAGAAACCACGAAGAUUUCAAACUCUUUCGCACCUCCAAUUUCUCCAAAAAUUUGCGACGUAUUGAGUGACGUGCUUCGCGAGAAUAUUACGGGAACAAUAAUAUAUAGAACAGUGAAGGCCAAAGUGAAGAAUCAUUCGACGUUAACGAAGCAAGGUAAAUGCUGGGCAGUGACGGCUUUAAUCACAGAUUAUGCGUCCAGCGUAGAAGUCUGCUUCGACUCUGAGAUUUUAGAGAAAUUCCUUGGAUUUACAGUACAAGAAUUUUCGCAUAAAAAGAAACUCGCAAAGUCAGAUCCACAAGUGAACACCGAGCUACGACUUAGCUUACGCAAGGCACAACAUCAGAUCGAGACUCUGGACGCGUUGUUGAAACUGGAAUUAGCGCAAGGUCAAAUGCCGAAAGUUGUUGGAAUCACGCAGCAAAAGAAAGAGCCUACUAACAAGUCUACAUACAAUUAGGCGAACUCGUACAAACUAUAAGAAAACCUAAGUAAUCCAAAAAAAUUUCUUUUACCUUAUAAGAGUAUUUAGUUAUCUUAUAGAGUAUCCAAUUCGAAAGCUAUAAGUAAUAAUUGCUAAGAAAAACAUAGUUUUAAAAUAACGAAAAUACGCCUUGGAGAUGAAGAAAGAAGGAUAGGAGGAAAGGAUGGAAUUAUUGAAUAUUGUUGUAAAAUUUAUAAUAAAUACUAUUUUCUUGACAAAUGAAACAAUUCUGUUUCCUAUAUACGGCGAUUGUAAUCAAUACGUGCUCAUACAGGAUGUUUUGGGAUAGUCGAAAGAUGAACAUAUUAUGUUGUUAUCCUGCUUAAAUAUUUUUCUUAUCUUAAAAUCGAAUUAAAGAUAUCAAAGACGCUAGUUCUUUAGUUUUUACAUCUGUUCAAAAAGAACAAAUUUCGAUUAACGAAUUGCAUGACCAUAGCAUUUAUUAACUGGUACACUUGAUCAUCGCAGUGGUACAUUUUUGUC